AUGGCCGCUACCACUACUCAAACAGAAGAGCAUGUGUCCUUAAAACUUCUGUUGAGCGAAAAGGGUGACAAAGUACUGUUUGCAGAAGCAGGGAAGGACUUUGUGGAUGUUCUCUGUAGCUUCCUAACAAUGCCUUUAGGAACCAUUGCUAGACUUGUAGAGAAGGAAUCUAGCAUAGGGCCAGUUACCGUUGGUUGUCUAAACUCACUCUAUCGAAGUGUGGUUGAUCUUGAUGAAGAUUGUAUGAGUAGUCAUACAAUCAAACAAAUGCUGCUUAAACCAACUAACUUUGCAGAAGAUUAUUGCAACACUCUUGAACUUAACAUCGAAGACACUCCGCCCAUUUUUCCUGAACAAUUCGAUCAAGGAUUUGUUAACGAUGUUGCUACUUUUGUAAUAACCGAUGAUCUGAUUAUCAUGCCAAAUUCUAUUGACUACGCAAGUUUUGGGCUUCUCCAGGAAUUUGGAAUAGAAAACACAAGUUCGGUGAAGGAAAUGAUUCUUAAAGUCACUAUAGAAAAGGUACUUGAUUUGUUAAAAUGUUCUUUGUUGUCGAAGUCUACUUUGACCGAUUUCUUUUUAGGAAAGAAACCAUCCCUUGAGGUUUCCAGGUUUUUCUCGUACGAUGUUGAAAUUGGUGGUAAUAUCCAAAUCAAUCUGAAACUAGUUAUAAGAAAAUCUGAUGGCAAGAUUUUGUGUGCUCAAGGGGAACAAGAUUUUGCAGACUUGCUUUUAAGCUUUCUUACUAUUCCUUUGGGAGGAAUUAGUCGUAUAUUAGGAGAAAAAAUUUAUUUGGGCAGCAUUAAUCGAUUUUACAAGAGCAUAGCUGAUUUAAAUGAGAAUAAAUAUUUCAUAUCUGAAGAUGCCAAGAACCGGAUUGUUGAUCCUUGCAUCUUCCCGCUUUUAAAAUUAAGCAAACAAAUAUUUCCAAUUCUUGAGCGUCGUGUUCAUGAAUAUUAUUGGUACUACAGUGGAAGUAGUCUCUUUGUUCAAUUUUCCAAACCUGGUGAGGAUAAGAGUUAUGCUGGAAAGUUUAAGAGAAUAAAUUUUUCUAACAUGGCAAGUCAUGAAGGUUAUGUCAAGGGUCCAGCUAUGUAUGUUGCUACUGAUGAUUUGGCCAUAGCACCCUUGUCUCCAAUUUCUGCAUUAGGUUUACUUAACCGAUUGAAAACUCCUCUUAAGGAUUUGAAGGAAAAGCAUGUCACCAUUGGCGUCAAGGAGUCUCUCAACAUAUUGAAGGCUGCUUUAACUUCAACAUCUGCACUUACAAAUGGUCUAGCUCACCUUUUAACUGAAGUUAAGGAGGAGAAAUGA